CUCAGCGGAGACACUUCCUCCCGGGUUUGCCGGGAGAAUGAGCCAGUGUUGUGGGCUGUAGGUGUCCGGCGUUCUGCGCGGAGACGGCUAUGGAGCGAUCGGCGCCCAGCGAAGUGACAGCCCCAGACUCGUCGGGACCGGACCCACAGCUGGCGGUGACCAUGGGCUUCACGGGGUUCGAAGCAAGAGAAAAAGAGGAAGAAAUGAACAGAGAGAAACAAUUAAGACAAAAUGAAGAUACUGAACCAACAUCGUCGGGCUCAAAUGUGAUCAGAGAUUGCUCAAAAUCAUCAUCGAGAGAUUCAAGCAGCAGUGAAAGUGAAGACAGUUCUGAUUCUUCUUCUGAUGAUGAGUUAAUUGGCCCUCCUUUACCCCCUAAAAUGGUAGGACAACCAGCUAAUGUGGAAGAAGACAUCCUUGGCCCCUUGCCUCCACCUCUUUCUGAAGAUGAUGAUGAUGAGGAUGAUGCUGAUGAAGGAGAAGAAGAAAAUCCUGUCCAGAAGAUUCCUGACUCACAUGAGAUAACGCUGAAGCAUGGCACUAAAACAGUAUCUGCUCUGGGCCUAGAUCCUUCAGGUGCCCGUUUGGUGACCGGAGGAUAUGACUAUGAUGUUAAGUUUUGGGAUUUUGCUGGAAUGGAUGCAUCUUUUAAGGCUUUUCGAUCCCUUCAGCCCUGUGAGUGCCAUCAAAUCAAGUCAUUACAGUACAGUAACACUGGAGACAUGAUUCUUGUUGUAUCUGGAAGCUCACAGGCCAAGGUGAUUGACAGAGAUGGUUUUGAAGUAAUGGAAUGUAUAAAGGGAGACCAGUACAUUGUGGACAUGGCUAACACCAAGGGUCACACAGCAAUGCUUCACACUGGCUCAUGGCAUCCCAAAAUAAAGGGAGAAUUUAUGACUUGCUCAAAUGAUGCGACUGUGAGAAUAUGGGAAGUUGAAAAUCCAAAGAAGCAAAAAAGUGUGUUUAAGCCUCGAACAAUGCAGGGCAAAAAAGUCAUACCCACUACGUGCACAUAUAGUAGAGAUGGAAACCUCAUAGCAGCUGCCUGCCAGAAUGGAAGCAUACAGAUCUGGGAUCGAAACUUGACUGUCCAUCCUAAAUUUCACUAUAAACAGGCUCAUGAUCCAGGCACAGACACUUCUUGUGUGGCUUUUUCUUAUGAUGGUAAUGUCCUUGCCUCUCGUGGAGGUGAUGACACAUUAAAAUUGUGGGACAUCCGACAAUUUAAUAAGCCACUUUUUUCAGCCUCAGGUCUUCCCACUAUGUUCCCAAUGACUGACUGCUGUUUCAGUCCAGAUGAUAAACUCAUAGUCACCGGCACCUCAGUUCAAAGAGGAUGUGGUAGCGGCAAACUUGUUUUCUUUGAACGUAGGACUUUCCAAAGGAUGUAUGAAAUAGAUAUCACAGAUGCGAGCGUAGUCCGCUGCCUGUGGCAUCCAAAGCUGAACCAGAUCAUGGUUGGAACUGCGAAUGGGUUGGCUAAAGUCUACUAUGACCCCAACAAGAGUCAGAGGGGAGCAAAAUUAUGUGUGGUUAAAACCCAGCGGAAGGCGAAGCAAGCUGAAACUCUGACCCAGGACUACAUUAUCACCCCUCAUGCCUUGCCUAUGUUCCGUGAACCCCGCCAACGGAGUACAAGGAAACAACUGGAGAAGGACAGACUGGACCCCCUCAAGUCUCACAAACCCGAACCUCCUGUAGCAGGCCCAGGUCGAGGUGGGCGAGUUGGAACCCAUGGGGGCACUCUGUCAUCCUACAUUGUGAAGAACAUUGCUUUGGACAAGACAGACGACAGUAAUCCCCGGGAAGCCAUUUUGCGUCAUGCCAAAGCAGCGGAAGACAACCCAUAUUGGGUUUCUCCAGCAUAUUCCAAGACUCAGCCCAAAACCAUGUUUGCCCAAGUUGAAUCUGAUGACGAGGAAGCAAAGAAUGAACCAGAAUGGAAAAAACGUAAAAUUUGAAGAAUCUCAUUUGAGAGCUGUUUGCAUGAGGGGGAGGGACAUGGAGCACUGUUUUUUUUUUUUUUUUUUUUUCUGCUUAAU